AUGGCGUCUCGUCUACCGGUGUUGUUACGUUGCCUCGCACUGCGAUCAACAGGCCUUCGAGCUAUGAGUGGAGGUCAGUUUGGUGAUGGAGCAGGAAAGGGAGGAGGGAGUGGCGGCUCCAUCAGGGAAGCUGGUGGCUCGUUUGGUAAAAUGGAAGCCACUAAAGAAGAGCAGUACUUCCGUCAACUGCAAAAGGAACAGUUAGAAAAGGUGAAGUUGAUGCUAGAAGAUGAAGUCUUUCAUCAUGAGUCUCAGAUCAGACAGCAUAAAGAGGCUAUUGAGCUCCAUAAGAAGAAGCUUGAACGCCUGAAUAAAGACAGCAGUGAUUCGGAUUAA